AUGGUCGGCUCUUAUUCCAAGAAGCGCAAGGUCAAUGAGGGUAUGCGAGGCAAGACUUCUCGCCCCAAGAAGUUCCGCAAGCAGUCCGCCUACCACAGUAGCUCGGAAGAUGAGCAAGAUGAUGGAGAUUUCAAGGCUGUGAACCUCGCCGAUUCAGACGAAGAGGAGGAUGGUGGAGUUUCCAUCACCAAAAAGGCCGCUGUCAAGCCCACCCCCAAGAAAACGAAGACCGAGGCCAAAUCUAAGCCGCAAAAGAAAUCGAAAACCGCCGAAGACGAUGAAGCCUCCAACGCCAACGAGGACGAGGGCGAAUACCAGACCGAAAACGACAAUGAAGACAACGAUGCUUCUGGCUCCGACGAAGAUGGAAAUCUUUCCGACUCAUCAGCAGAGGAAGGCGGAAAGAAAAGACGUGCUGUCUCCAAACGAAACGACCCAACUGCCUUCUCGACCUCCAUUUCUAAAAUUCUUUCUACCAAACUCCCCUCCUCUGCUCGCGCCGAUCCUGUCCUUUCUCGCAGUAGAAAUGCCCAGCAGGCCACAGAUGAAUUCGUCAAUGAGAAACUCGACAAGCAAGCGCGGGCUAAGAUGCGCGCCGAGAAGAAGGAGGAGAUGGAUCGAGGCCGUAUCCGCGAUGUCAUGGGAAUCAAGCGAGGAGUUACUGGAGCCGUUGCGGAAGAUGAGAAGCGAUUGCGCAAGAUGUCACAGCGCGGUGUGGUCAAGCUGUUCAACGCUGUCCGGGCGGCUCAAGUUCGGGGUGAGGAAGCCGCCAGGGAGGAGCGCAAGAAGGGAACCAUUGGUAUUGAUGAACGCGAGAAGGCCGUCAACGAAGUCAGCAAGCAAGGAUUCCUUGAUCUGAUCAACGGCAAGGGCAAGCCUCUCAACAUUGAGGAGGCUUAG